AAUGAAGCAUCAUUCAUUGUCUAUUUUCGACCUUUCUCUUGCAUGGAUUCACGGCACACCAUCACACUGUAACUGUGUGUUGUGACGUUUGCAGUUAUCCCGUAAGCCAGAGGAAUGUUGUGGCAUGUUAUCAUUCAGCAGCGCCGUGUGUUAUAUGCAUCGGACUUAAUUUAGCUUCACGUAACAUCAGUUUAAGUUUCAGAUGUCAAGGAAUUCUAAAGACUGCAUUCAUGCCAAAAUCACGACGCUAACAUGGCCACUCCCACAUGUUUGAAAAAAAACAUCAGGCUUACAUAUAAAGUGGCUUCCUGUGACGUGUUGGGUCAGGGCAGCCUUUGUUGGAAGCUUGUUAAACAAUAGACGCUCUAUCAUUAGCCGCAAACAAUGUAAAAUGCCCGUGCCACUGCUCUUGUGUUUGCUGGCUGGGUGGGCCUGCGGCUCGCCGGUCGAGCUCUCGGCCCCUCAGGGCGAGUUCUGCUCGCCGGGUUUUCCUGAGCCCUAUCCUGGAAAUGAGACGCGCGUCUGGCAGGUGCGAGCGUCUCCAAACCAUGCCAUCCUCUUCAACUUCACCCACGUCCACCUACCCCCCCUGCGCCUGUGCAGGUUCAUUCACAUCAAGGUGCAUGCGGGAGGCCAGCUGGUGAAGACUCUAUGCGGAGGCGAGCUGAGGGCAGAGCGUGGCCAACGUGCCGCUGGUGUCAUCCGAGUGCUCGGUCACGAGGCCACGGUCACCUUCACCGCGUCUGGUGGCAACCGCGGUCGAUUCACAGGCUUCUGCGUUCACUACAGGACUACAGGUCUACCAUGUGGCCAACCCCUGCCCAUUGCCAAUGGGAGGAUGGAGAUGGAUCAAUACUCCAGCGUCCGCUACACAUGCAAUGAGCCCUACUACAGCAUGGCCAGUGGGAAUGGGCAAUUAAUCUGCAAUGAGACUGGACAAUGGGUGGAUGAGAUGGGAAGUCCCAACCUGCCAGGCUGCAAGCCAGUGUGUGGCCUGGUUCGGCAUGCACGCAGCAAACGCAUCAUCGGAGGACGCUUCUCGCACCGUGGUGACUUCCCAUGGCUGGCAAUGCUGCUUCUAGACAAUCACUUUAUGGGCGCUGGCGCCCUGCUGGGUGACAGCUGGAUUCUUACGGCAGCCGAGAUCUUCACGCAGGACUACGGUCAGGUUGACGUCUACCUCGGGCUGGUAGACCGCCGCGGGGUCCUCGCCAACGACAGCGCGGUGAUGAAGGUGCACGUGGAGAGCGUCGUCCUCCACCCGAAUUUCAGCAGAGACGAGGAGGAUGCUCACGACCACGACGUAGCCCUGCUGCGUCUCACCGAGCCUGUGCCGCUCAGGAAGGAUAUCAGCCCCAUCUGCCUGCCCGGUCGUGACAAGGGUAGCGGGGUCACCGAUCAGCCACCGGGGCCCGGGCACGUGGGCUACGUGGCCGGAUGGGGCCGCAUCACCACCACGAAGCUGCACGGCGUCACGCCGCGCUGGCAGCGCUACGUGGCGCUGCCCGUGGUUGCCCAGGACAAGUGUCGCUGCACGUACGCGGGCAUGGAGUUUGCGGGCAGGACGCUGACGUACACCGAUAACAUGUUCUGCGCCGGUGUUCCGGGAGGGGGGCGUGACGCCUGCAAGGGCGACAGUGGGGGGCCCUUCGCCUACAUGGAGCCACGCUCGCAGCGCUGGGUGGCGGCUGGCAUCACGUCCUGGGGUGUUGGUUGCGGCCAGAAAGGCCACUACGGUGUCUACACCAAUGUGUCCAACUACGUGGAGUGGAUUGAAGGAGAGAUGCAGCAAGGAGGGAAGGGAUAACUCCUCGUUUGGACCGACGAGUUUUUUUUUACUUUACAUUAGCUAUGAUAUAAAGUAGAACUAUUGCGUGACUUACUGUAGGUAUAUUUAAAGGAAGCUCUAUUUAGACGAAUAUAAACCUGUGGAGAAUAAUUUCUAUCUCCUCCAACGCACUUGUGAAUCUGUGAAGUGUGAUCAUUACAAUAGGCCAGUGGUGGGGAACAUUUUCCUUGCUCAGGGCAAAUAAGACUUUCAAAUACCUUUGACGGGGCAUGCAUUAACAAACACCUCAGUCACUUAUGUUACUGCAGGGCCAGAAGUGAAUAAGCAUUACAUUAUAAAGUGUUAACAGCGAUAAAAUGUUCCCCUCUAAGACAAUAUUCGUGUGGCUCAAACGCUUGCGGUGCAGGAUACGUGUUGUUUGUCGGCAAUUAUGAAGUCGCGCGAAAUGACGUCUCGGGCCGACUCGGGGCCAUGGGUUAUAGGUUCCCUACCCUGCACGAGGCCAACAAUGUAUAAUUAUCAAAGUGUGGAGUGACAUUUACAUUUUUUCUUUCGUGAAAAGCGUUGCACUAAAAAAAUACAGAAAUGUGUACUACAAAAUACAGCGUGGGGUGUUUGCUGAAGCGGUUUUGACUUGGUGUGAAUUGAAUGCGCGAUCUCGCUAUGGUAACCAACGCCGUUUAUGUCACAGCAGGCAUUGAUGGUGUAACCUUUAGGAGGCAUUUAAAAAUGUUAAAUUAACGACUAAGAGUGUUGAUUUAAUUCCAAUGUGUGCCGUGUUUUGGUACCCAAAUGUACGUGAACCACACUUUGUGCACACACUUUGUGCACCCUAAACUGAAUUGUACACCAUCCUAACAGUGGGUAAAACUAACAAGCAUCGCGAAUCCGCUCAGCAGUGAAGAUACCCCGACUGCUACAUCCAGCAGAUGUGGGCAUUGGAUAGUUCAUCCGAUAGAAAAUAUGGCACGUGUUAUGAAGCCAUUUAUCAGUGGAUAGAGCAUUGCUCGUCAUUUAUCAGUUUAUGGAUCAUGCAUUAUACAUUCAUUCAUCAAUGCACAUACACAUUCAGCAAUAGAUCAUGGCUUAUAUAUCCAGCAGUGGACAGAAUGACAGUCCAAUCCAGCAGGGGAUGAAGCCCGACACCUCCACCCAGCAGAGGACAGAUCCUAACUACUCCAUUCAACAGUGGAUAUCGAGCAUUUAGCAGUUGAUAGAGCAUGCCUCAUAAAGCUUGAUUGCUCCACAACAUUGAAUAGUACCUGACUCCACCUAGCAGUGGAUAGAGCUUGCCUCAUUUAAUAUGGCCGCACCAUCCAGCUGUGGAUGAAGCCUAACUGCUCAAUUCCAAUGUUGAUAGAGCCUGACUACUCCACCCAGCAGUGGAUCGAGCAUUCAGCUGUGGAUAUCACAUCGCUAAUUCAUCCAGCAGUGGACAG